AUGUAUAAUGAAGAAAGCUCGCCAAACAUUAAUAGCCAAUCUACGGAAUGGGCUGUAGGCUUUACUCAAGAUCAAGUUAAUAUAAGUUUGCUAAACACUUAUAAUAAUCCAUCUAUUGAAUGGUCCACUGGAUUUACUCAGGGUUAUGAGGAUAAUAAUAGUUUAUCUACAGAAUG